AUGACGACGAAUGGGGUCUUUUCGGCGUAUUUGUUUAUUCGCUUAUUUUUUUCUCUUAUGGCUGUACUUUUGGAAACAACACUUGGAGAUAUUGUUAUCGAUCUUUUUGUCAAGGAAAGACCUAGAUGUUGUUUAAAUUUCUUGAAGUUAUGCCGAAUGAAGUACUACAAUUUAUGUUCGUUCCAUGCCAUUGAGCAGAAUUACAUUGCGCAAACUGGAGAUCCAACUGGAACUGGUAACGGAGGUGAAUCAAUGUUUAUGUUUUUGUAUGGAGAACAGGGUCGUUACUUUGAACCUGAAAUGAUACCUAAGUUGAGGCAUUCUCGAAGAGGACUUGUUUCUUUUGUCAACAAUGGCUCAAAUAUGCUUGGCAGCCAGUUUUUUAUAACUUUAGCUGAUGAUCUGGACUAUUUGGAUGACAAGCAUUGUAUAUUUGGCCAAGUAACGGAAGGUGAUGAUACAUUAGAAAGAUUAAAUGAACAACUUUGUGAUGGAGAGAACCAUCCUUAUCGCGAUAUCAGAAUAGCUCACACGAUAAUUCUUGAUGAUCCAUUUGAGGACCCGAAACGAUUAGAGUUUCCUAGUCGGUCUCCAUCACCUACAUUUGAGCGCCUUGUUGAUUCAUCAAAAAUUGCCCUCGAUGAAGCACUUGAUGAGUACGAAGGUAUGGCUGAGGCAGAAAUUCGAAAAGAGAUCGAAGCAAAGGACAUGGCGGCGCAAGCUCAAAUCUUGGAGAUGGUCGGCGACUUGAGAUAUGCCGAUGAAAAACCCCCAGACAAUGUCCUAUUCGUGUGCAAACUUAAUCCUGUUACAACAGACGAGGAUCUGGAAAUAAUCUUUUCUCGUUUCGGGAAAAUUAACUGCUGUGAAAUAAUUCGUGAUAGACGUACUGGUGCAUCUUUGCAAUAUGCAUUUAUUGAGUUUGAUGAUGUAAGUUUUCCUAUGGCAAAGAGUUGCGAAAAUGCGUAUUUCAAGAUGGAUAAUGUUCUUAUAGAUGAUAGACGAAUCCACGUUGACUUCUCACAGUCAGUAGCUAAGAAUUACAAGUGGGAAAGAGGUUAG